AUGUUUAUUAUUUUUGCGGUUGAGAAUACGGUGUUGAUAUGGGUCUAUAUUUUCGAGGAUUUUGAACUGAAGACGCGAUUUUAUGCGUUGCUCAAUCUGAAUAGCUCAACCUCACAAACAUUGAGAAGUGCCGAUGGGAAUCGACUGAACUUCGCUGGCGAUGAGGAGGCUGAAAUAUAUUUUAAACAGUUUAAGAAUUUGUGG